AUGAGCAUCACCGACGAAGUCGCGCAGGAGACUCAGGAUCUCUUCGGCAAUGUCGAGCAGGCACCCAAGAUGGGUACCACUCUCAAGUCCAGCAACCUCUCCGGGGACAACAACGCCAAGGAGUCGAGCACCAAGGUAGCCGACAGCGACGACACUUUCGCUGAGAAGCUCAGCAGCUCCGCUGCCCACAACACCCAGCAGAACACGUCGAGCACCGACAACACCAAGACGAGCGGCUUCGCCUCAGAGGCGAGCCACAAGGCGCAGGAGGGCGGAAAGUCCCUCGCUGACCAGGUCAACAGCGCAGCGGCCAAGACCUCGGACCAGGUAAACACAUCAAACAAGAAGAGCGAUAGCUCCAGUGGCGGCAUUCUCUCGGACGUAGCCAGUAAGGCGCAGGCAGCAGGACAGUCGGCCGCCGACCAGGCUAGCAGCACCGCUUCGCAAGCAUCAAAGCAGAUUCAGGACUCGACUACAAAGAGUGCGUCUGAUAAAGGUGUUCUCUCAGAGACAUCGAAGAAAGCCCAGGAGACCGGACAGGCGGCCAUGGACACUGCGAACAAUGUGGUCUCCAGUGCGUCGGAGAAAGCCAGCGAGGGAGACGGUUCGAAUGACGCAGGUGUCAUCGCGAAUGCCGCUAGCAACUUGCAGGCUGGCGGACAAGCGGUCGUCGACAAGGUGAAGGAGACCCUCGGUGUAUCUAACGAGGGCAGCACGGGCACCAACCAAAACGAGAAACCGGUGACAGAGCAGGUGAAGGAAGCCUUGAAUGUUGGGAACAAUAAGGCGAACAACAACCGGUCUUAG